UGGACCUGUGUGAUACCUGUGAGUUAGUGGACCUGUGUAAUACCUGUGAGUUAGUGGACCUGUGUAAUACCUGUGAGUUAGUGGACCUGUGUAAUACCUGUGAGUUAGUGGACCUGUGUAAUACCUGUGAGUUAGUGGACCUGUGUAAUACCUGUGAGUUAGUGGACCUGUGUAAUACCUGUGAGUUAGUGGACCUGUGUAAUACCUGUGAGUUAGUGGACCUGUGUAACACCUGUGAGUUAGUGGACCUGUGUAAUACCUGUGAGUUAGUGGACCUGUGUAACACCUGUGAGUUAGUGGACCUGUGUAAUACCUGUGAGUUAGUGGACCUGUGUAAUACCUGUGAGUUAGUGGACCUGUGUAAUACCA